AUGCCGUCCAGCGACCUCUUGAGGCUGCCUGUCGACGAGCUCCGCUCCUCGCGCCUCGCCGAGCUCCUCGCGAGCAUCGACGCCGUCGACGCCGCCGACGCGCCUCUACUGACGCUGCUGUUCGACAAGGCCUUCGGCGGCGACGCCGGCCUCCAGCUCCUCCGUUCGGCGGCGGUGCAAGAGGCGCUCCGCGCGACGGCGCUCGUGCACGCCGACGACGCAAUCCGUUCCUUUGCGCUCGUGCACUGCAAGCGGCUCGCGGCGGCGGCGGCCGACGUCUCCCUCCUCGGCGCGAGCGGGGUGCUGCAGCAGAUUGCCGUGCUCGUCUCAGACGCGUCGCUCGGCGUGUCGCAGCGGGCGGUGGGGUUCUUCGUCGCCUGCGCGGCGAGCGCCGGCGCCCUCCGCGCCGUCCUCGACCACGCUCCCUCUCGCACCGCGCUCCUCGCCCCCUGCGCCGCCGCCGCCGCCGACCCAGCCGGCGGCGUUCCCGCCCUCGCGCUGCGCACGCUCGCGCUCUUCGGUGAGAUCGCCGCGAUUGGCGACGCGCAGUGCGCCAUGUGCGAGGAGAGCGGCGCGCUCGACCUCGCUCUCGCGGCAUGGAGAGGCUCCGACGAGCUGGUCCGACUCAACGCGCUGGAGGUGUUUGCCCUUCUGGCGCGCGUGCCCCGCGGCCUGCACUGGCUCGAGGCGCACGGCGUCGUGGACGACCUGCUCGCGCAGGCGCGCGGCGCUGAGGCCGACGGUGACGCGCCGAUGGCAGAG